AUGAACCCCAGUGGCCACGCUUCUCCUUCGGCCAUAUACGCAGUUAUCUUCACCUUCACCGCGCUAGCGAUCUUAGCGGUGGCUCUGCGAAUAUAUACUCGUCGGGUCAUACUUCGCAAGCUCGAACAAGAUGACGUCCUCAUGUUUGUGGCAUUGCUCUGCGCGUGCUGUUUCACUAUCGCAAGAGGAUUUCCGCUUAUCCUUGCUUCUUCAGCGUACUACGGACUAGGCCACCGUCUCGUCGAACUUAGCGAAUUUCAACAGACUGAAUCACUGCGUUGGCUAUGGAUUUCUAUCAUCUUCUACCACAUUGGACUCCCCGCGGCGAAGCUCUCGAUCAUAUCGCAAUGCAUCCAAGUCUUUGGCAGCAUCCGCACCUUCAAGAUCUCAGCCCGGAUCGUUGCGACGGUCGUGCUGGUAUACACCGUCUUCACAAUUCUCAUCACCAUUUUCCUGUGCUGGCCGGUCGACUUCUUCUGGCAACGUAACCAACCUGGUCGCUGCCUGCCGAGAGUACCCAUAUGGUUCUUCAACUCGGCCUUUGGGGCCGCCACCGAUGUAGCUGUUGCGAUACUGCCCCUUCCGGUCGUGAACAGACUGAUUGUACCGAAACGACAAAGGUAUCUAUUGAUGGUUGUGUUCGCAUUGGGCGGUGCAGUAUGCAUUGUCACGGUGAUUCGUUUCUACAGUCUCUAUGCAGUCACGACUUCGGACGAUUACACCUGGGAGAACCCACAGGCAGCACUAUAUUCGAACAUUGAACUUUCCGUGAGCAUCAUAGGAGGCUGUCUCCCCACUUACAACGCGUUUGUCGCAAAGUACUUUCCCCGAUUAUACAAUGCAUAUGCAGGACCUCGAGGUGACCCGUUUGGCGACAUCAAACUCAGCUUUCCCCAGCAAAGCCAGAAAAGCGUGUCCAGCUGCGUGGAGACCAUGUCAACAGUCGAGUCAGGCAAGACAGCGCUGGAUAAUGGGUGCCAAGGCUCAUACCCCGAUUCCAAAACGAUGACCACCACGCUCUCUACCGUGCCCACAGUAUCCACAAUAAGGGCAUCAUGA